CUGAUCGUAUUGCUAGCUUGUAUCUCUGUAGCAGUAGCUGCACCAGCUUCUGAAUACAGUGGACGAAAACGAUACGACAAUUACCGACUAAUAUCAGUCCAACCCGAGAAUGAACAGCAGCUUAAAGUUUUGAGCGACUUUCAGACCAAAGGAUAUGAUUCGGUAUUUUUCGAUUUCUGGGCUGGCCCAACUUCAAAACGUCCAGCGGAAUUCACUGUAUCACCAUCCCACUAUAAAAAAGUUAUGCAGCACCUUCAAGACAAUAAUAUGACAGCAACUGUAGAGGUAGACGACAUCCAAAUGUUCGAGAAUAUUGCCGAAUUUGAAGCCAAAGUCCAACCGGAGUUAUUCUUUCACAACAUAGUAGAUCAUUCACAAUACCAUCGAUAUGACCAAAUUUCAGAAUACUUGACAGGCUUCGCUAAUAAUUUUGGUUCGAUUGCUCGCAAGAGAAGCAUGUCUCAGACUACAUAUGAUGGAAGAACUAUGGACUAUCUAGAGAUAUCUACAAAUGGAUUUGCUGGAACUAGAAGAGCUAUUUUAAUUGAAGCUGGUAUCCAUGCUCGUGAGUGGAUUUCACCAGCUGCCAUAUUGUAUAUUACUGACAGGUUAUUGGCUACAUAUACUACGGAUAGCCAGGCUGCAUAUAUGUUGAACAACUUUGAUUGGAUUAUUAUACCAGUAACCAAUCCUGAUGGUUAUGAAUAUUCACACACAAAUGAUCGCUAUUGGAGAAAGAACAGAGUUUUCAGGGGAGGUGAUUGCAGGGGAGUCGAUUUGAACAGAAAUUUUGAUGCCAGAUGGGGAACCACUGGUGUUAGCUCAAGCUGCUCUAGCGACAUAUAUCCUGGUACUGGACCAAUGUCUGAAGUUGAGGCCCAAAAUGUCCAAGAAUUAGUAGCCAGUAUCCAAGAUGGCGGAACCCGAUUGAUAGGAUAUUUAGCCGUACAUUCCUACUCGCAAAUGAUUCUUCUUCCCUAUUCCCACACCCUCGGGUCAAGACCACCAAAUUAUCCAGAUCUAGAUAACUAUGGUAUUUCUGCCGGUAAUGCCCUAUAUAACGUGCACGGCAGACGAUUCCAAGUCGGAACAGGACCCGAAUUGUUAUAUUCUGCUUCUGGUGGUUCAGAGGAUUGGGCUAUAUUAGCAGCUUCGGUAAAAUACUCCUAUUGCUAUGAAUUAAGACCAGCUACGGCAAGUGAAGGAGGUUUUGUUCUACCACCAAGUGAGAUUCUUCCUAGUGGAGAAGAACUGUUUGCAGCUUUCUACAAUCUUGCAAUCAGUUUUCAUAAUGACAUUUAAACCAAUCGUUAGAAAACUGAUUUACACAUUAAAUCGAAGUUUAAUACAUGAU